CCAAGAGUAAGCAAUUCACAAAUAAGAGCUGGAAAAAAUUGUUUUAUCUCAUUUUCAGGUAUGCUUUAUGUUUGUCAUUUUUCUAGGCAAACGAACGCUUGAAGCAUGAUAAGGAGAAACGAGCCACCACAAUCCACGCUGCAGCCGUUCUCCCAGAUAUCUGUCAAUACAUUUCCAAAAGAAUGAUAGAACUCAAAGACUCGAUCAUAAACUUAAUGAGAGACGAGGACUUUCGCAAGGCAAAUAAUCAUCUGCACAGCUGGCUGAAUAUCUGUAUCAAAUAUGCGACACUGUUUCUUGAUGUCUACGCAUUGCUGCUGGCAUGCUUUGAUAGUUCUGUUGACGAGCUCCGUGCAGUUGUAGCUGAUUGCGUCAGAAGCCUGUUUAGCACUGCUACCACCAAAAUCAAAGAUUUAUAUCGCGAUGGCAGCUUGGAGGAGGAUGCCCGUGACAUCACCAUGUCGUCACUGCUUUCAUUCUUAAAUCAAUCCAUUAGUUUGACUGAUAUACCUAGCCGCCGUCCUGAUAAACAGACAAUCGCGUUACCGGAAUCGUUUCUAGAUAUCAUUUUUGAAAUUGUCCUUGGAAAGCUGCCUCAAGCACCUGGACAAGACUCCCGCUUUCAUUUUGGUGCAUUCGGUUCCAGUAGUAGUGCCUCUACGUCACUCGGGGAUUUCGAUGAUCUCAUGGAUACAAGUAGUGGAAUGGUGGAUGCUAAAGGAGUUGCUGCAAGUCUCCAUUCAGCGAGUGGUUUUCAUACCGCUGCUAAGGACAUCUCAAUUUCCAGAUCAGAUUUUGUUAGAAUUGAAGCCUUCAAGUUUCUGUUUCAUUCUGCAUUCAAUGAAAAUGAAUCAGCUGUAGUGCGAAUUAAAGGAAAGAGUUUAAAAGAUUUGCUGCUGGAUUUCUUGGACGAAAAUUUUGAUACAAACAAGACAAUGUGCUUUCAGAUGUUAAAGAACCUUGUAUUCAUCUUGACGAGUGGAACUGCAGCUCUCCCGCCUGCUGAUUUAGAGAUUGUAUUUGAAUGCAUUCGACGUUAUAUAUCAGAAUUCCGGAGUCACCAAGAUGCGUGUCUGGAUGUCCUACAAAUGCUCCGUAAACUGCUCUCAUUUUUAAAGGCAUCAAAUGAACGAGAUGAAGAUCAGUUGAGCCAAAUGAGGAUGAUAGCCAAUAGAAUUCUUUCUGCCUUUUGGAAGCAAAGAGAUGACAAAUAUUCACCCCAUGUGCGUUUGCAGUUGCUUGAAUGUCUGGUUGAAAUGAUGCAGGUUGAUCCUGCUGGAACCUGGAGCAAAAUAGAAGGAUCAAAACAAGCAUCGUCGAGUGAAGAGUUAUCCUGCAACUUGGAAGACUGUUUGGUUCAGCUUUUUUCUGAUAAAAGUCAUUGUGUGCGAAUGCGAGCUGCAUACCACGUGGUCAUUAUGUUCCAAUUUCUACAGGAUUCCUGCAAGCCAAGGCCUACCACACAACAAUUAAAUGCUUACGAGAAAGUGACAGAAGCACUGACUGAAUUGAUAAUCAUUAAGGAUGACGUCACGGAGCAGGAAGCUGAAGACGCUGGGGCGAAUCGAGCGGCCACACUCUUGUACAUUCUUAAGAAGGUUGCUUAUUCAAGUUCAGUGUGUGAGAAGAAGGCAAUAUCGUUGCUAUUUCACGAUUACAAGGAGCGAUAUCUUGAUCUAAAGUUGGUAGGAAAGGUUUUCAGAGAGAUUGCUGCAGAGAAAGGCUUCAAAGAUCCAAAACUGUAUUUAAAAGACCAUCUUGGCUUUCUCUGCAAUGACUGGAUGAAAAGGGGAUUUCCCAUCGUCGAGUUCCCAAGCAGCGUUGUUCAUAUGGAAGCUUCUGAAUUUCUGAGGUCAUUUUCUCGUGAAAUUGUUUCUUACCUGAUGUUCUACCGAGACGAAAACACAUUCGAGAAACUAAAGGAAACUCUCGGAUUACAUGAACGAUGGAUUGAUUUGGUUAUUGAAAAUUUUGAUCGCAUUGUUGUGUUUUCUUUGCCGUUUUUUGCCUGUCAAAGCAAACGAAUGCAGUCCGGUGACGAAGAAAAAGCAAAAAUUCAGGAAAUGGAGGCUGAGAGGAAAAAAGCUAAACUUGCAUACGAAUUUCUGGAGAAUUGCCUUACAAAACAGGUGAUCGACAAGCUCCUUCUUCAAAGAUUUGAUGACAUUGUUAUCGAGCUUCUUCUUCGAAUGUUUGACCCUCCUUCGGAGAGUUCUGAUGCUUCUCAGUUCAUGAGGGAUACCGACGCUGCACCCAAUCCACCCCAUUUCACAUCUUACGCGAUCAGAGGAACCCUGGAAUAUCUUGCAAACUGUCAUCAAAGUAAAUCAAUAUUGCAAGUGCUCUCAUUGAAGAAGGACAGCUGUCAGAAAAUCCUUCUUGCUCUGGCUACAAAUAUCACAGAUGCAAAAUCUGAACGGGAAAAAGUCCGAAUCCUAUGUGCUUUUCGUUUACUGGUCUUGCUUAUAGUUGACGAACUGCAAGGUAGACUGGGACCAAAGUGGGCUUACAUUAUCCGUGACGUCAUUUGCAGAUGCUGCCAUUGGCUCAAUUGGCACUUUCAAAAUGGUCAUGGAGAUACCUUCUUUCUUUGCGUCUACCAGAUUCUGCGAAAACUGACUGAAGCUAGUAUUGCUUCUUUAUCUCAGGAACUUGGAUGCCAUGUUUUCAAGAUUGUUAACACGUUUACAAAAUACGCCAAACAUGAGGAUGAAAAAGGGCGAAAGGCCUUGCAGUUUCUUCGUUUCAUUGUUCUGGAUAACAGCGAACUGCUUAAAGAUGCCCUGGUCAACUUGCCUCCGUUUCCAGACACACUUAAAUUUGGACCUCUGUCAAAGAGACUUGAAUGCCUUAAAGAAGAGCAUUACACGAGGAAUAUUUUUGAAGAUUUCAAGACAUUGUAUGAACAAGGUUUGAUAUCAAACGAGGCAGUGAAAAAUUUACUUCAAGUGCUGGAAAAAGACAGAUACCUUGUUCAAAGAUUCAUCGAGACAAACAAAGAUGGCAGCAAAACUGUUCUAGCUGUUGUUUCAUGCCUGCUUGAGUUGGCAUUGACUUGUGAACAGUCAGAAGAAGACGAAACAAGCAGAAAUUUACGAAUUAGUAUUGCACAGUGUAUUGGUGAAAUUGGUCCUGUGGAUUUCCAUGCUUUAGCUCUCCCGUCUUCUAAAGGUAGCGUUACGGCCGAAGACCAAGAAUAUUUUGGCUCCAACAAAUCGGCCUAUCGAUACCAUAUUGUUUUUGACAGACUCAAUUCCCUAUUGACCGACGAAAGCACUGAGGUUGUUGCGGCAGCUGCAGCUGCCUUGAAAGACGCACUUCAUACUAACAGCGGAAUCCAGCAUUUGAAUAUCUUUGACCUUGGCAAAGGAGAAAAACCCAAGUUUUUCUUGUACUGUGAGCCGUUUAAGCCGAUGAAAAUCAAAAAGGGAUCUCAGAACUCCCAGCCUCAAUCUGCACCAACAGUAAACAAUUUCAUUGCUCAUGUUGGAGGGGCAGAUUUAUGGGAACCUGACCUAAUGCCUUUUAAUGACUGGGUGAAGGAGCUCGCGUUCAGGCUUGCUAGCUCAGGGGCAGUGGAGGAUGACAUUUUCCAGAAAGUUGCACCAGUGUGCAAACUAAAUGCAAACUUUGCUGAGUUGCUGCUACCAUUCCUCGUACAUAACAUCCUGGCCAAUUGUAGCAAUGAAAUCAAUUCAACGCUGUCUUCGCUUUUCAAUCGGUUUCUGUCCACCUAUCUAUCAAAGCGCAAUACUCCAAAUCCUUCUCAUAGCCAAGGGCCUAAUUCGCAAAAACAAGUUUCAAAUAUCGAUGAGAAAGCGAAGGCUGCAAGGUUGUUAAUCGACGUGGUGAACUACCUAAGAGAUCAGGACAAACCAUCUCCAAAUGCCAGACAGCUAAACACAAAGUGGGAUAAUAAUUUCUGGCUGGACAUCAGGUACUUAGAUUUAGCGCAAGUAGCCUCAGAAUGCUGUUCACAUUUCGCUGCAGUUAUGUAUACUGAAAUCUGGUGUGACAUUCAAAGAUCAAACUCAAAGGAUGUCUUGAAUUCAGAUCCAAUAAGUUCGAGUCAAUGCACCCAGUUGGAGGAAAUGACGGACACGAGCAGUGGUAGCGAGGAAAAGGCAUCUUGUCAAAGGCUGUUAUUCGAGGCUUAUCGAAGUAUAGGCGAACCAGAUGCAAUGCAUGGAGUUGGCACAGGAUACUCCACUGAUAUUGACGCCAGAAUCAAAGGCUACGAGUUUGAAGAGGAGUUCGGCAAAGCACUGCUGACCCAAGAUUUGCAAGUCGAUGCGGAUAUUUCAUGCAGUCCUUUGGCAUUAGCUCAGAACUUAGAAAAAGCUGGCCUACACCAUGUUUUGCUCACUUACAUGCGUGGACUCGACAAAACAUUUGUUCAGGAUGCAGCUGCGUACGAGGCACUGCAGUUAGAAGCUUGUUGGCGCAAUGGAGUAUGGGAUAUAGAAACCCAAUCGAGUUCUCCAAACCAAGACAAAACAACUUUCUCCAGCAAUUUGUACGGCAGCAUAGUUGCCCUGAAAGAUGGGGAUCAGUUUGGUUUUAAGUCUUUCAUCGACGAUGCGAGGCUCACUCUGCUGCGCAGCGAUGAAACAAGAGGCAAUGCUACCACUUCGAGGCUGUAUGAUUUCUUGUCAAAGAUGCACGCGGUUACACAACUAGAAUUGUAUGGGCGGCAGUACUUCAGCAAAGAUCUGUUUGGCGCUAGAACAACUGCCCUUCCUAAUGAUUUCAAGCAUUAUGAGCUUUCGCUUUCCCUAAAGGCGGCUGCUUUCAAAGCAACCCUAGCAAGAGAAACUGCAAAAAAUGAACAACCGAAUGCAAUGAUAGACGACAUUGCGAGGGAGGCUUAUUCGCAUUUCAUGAGUUCGGCGGUGCUUGCGAGGGAGGCAUCGAGAUACCAGGUCUGCGAACGUUACCUUAACGACGUCAGCCAUUUAGAGCAAUUCGUUUCCAUUCCUCCUGAAUGGAAAAUCGAGCAAGCCAAGAUGUUCUGGGAUCGAGGCGAAAAGAACAGGGCGAUGUAUCAUUUACGAUCCCUCAUCAAAAUAUGCGAAAAAGGAAAAGACCCAAGCAUGGCCGAGCUCUACCCAGCUGCACUUGGCAUUUAUGGCCACUGGCUGGCAGAAUCUCGCUCUGAGAACCCAGGGAUUAUCAUCGAGGAUUAUAUGGAACACGCAGCCUGCUUGCUAGAAGAUUCCCAAUGCACGCACUCCGAAAAUCCUUCCGAGGCGUACUAUCUUCUUGCCAAAUACGCGGAUACCCAGUACAAGGCCAUCAAAGAGUAUAUCCAAUCUUCUGCUUUUGAAAACAAACAGACAGUUAUUAAAAAUGUGAAGGAUGAAGUCAAAAGAUUGGAUGCUAUGGGAGGCUCAGCUCAAGUAACUAUAAACAAUAGAUAUUACCGCAGUCUUGUUGUUCAGUGUGAAGAAGAUGAGAAAGAACUUCAACAGAUGCUUAACGACAGAAAGCAAUUCCUGCAAAAAGCUCUUGAAAAUUACGUUCGCUGCAUGUGCAGAGGGGACAAGUAUGAUUUAAGAAUAUUUCGACUGUGCUCAUUGUGGUUAGAAAAUUCUCAUGAAGAAAGUGUUAACAAAGUUAUAAAGAACUGCAUUGCGACAAUGGAGUCACGAAAAUUUAUACCGUUAAUGUACCAACUGGCUGCAAGAUUAGGAUCUACAAAAUCCAAGGAAUCCCACCUCUUUAAUGAGAAUCUUGAAAAGCUGUUGGAAAAGGCAGCAAAGGAUCAUCCGUAUCACGUGACUAUCAUUAUCAUGGCAUUGUGCAACGUUGAAAACGAACCAGCAGAAACGGCUGCAACUUCAAGAAGGGGCAAGCUAGGCCGAAAGACUGCUGGAGAGAAGAACAGUUUUGCAGAGAAGGGCCGUGUUCACUCCGCAAGAGCUCUGCUUCAAAAACUCAAAGCCUCAAACCCUGAAUUGAUUGACACAAUGGAAGCUGUUACAAAUGCCUACAUGGAGCUUGCUAAUCAUGACAUUCAGCAUUUAAAAAGACAGACAGGCAAAUUUGAUCUGCCAAGCAAACUGUUAAUUCGUCGAAUUAGAGAUGCCAAACAUUUUGCCAUACCAACACUGGAUAUACAGGUUGAUCCUUCCUGCAAAUACAAUGACGUGAUAUACAUCUCGAGUUUUGAUAAUACAUUCACCCACUGUGGAGGAAUUAACCUACCGAAAGUGAUCACGUGUGUUGGAUCUGAUGGCAAAAGAAGACGUCAGCUUGUGAAAGGAAAGGAUGACUUACGACAAGACGCUGUGAUGCAACAAGUAUUUGGAAUGGUGAAUCAACUACUAAAAGAGAACGCGGAGACGCGAAAAAGGCAACUGCGCAUUCGAACAUACAAGGUUGUACCACUGUCUCAAAGGAGUGGUAUUGUCGAAUGGUGCGAAAACACAUUUCCCCUUGGGGAAUAUUUAGUCGGCAAUCGUAUAACUGGAGGUGCCCAUGCCCGAUAUCACCCCAAUGAUUGGUCGGCGGGAGAAUGUCGCAAAAAAUUUACCGAUGCUGCAAACUCGAAUGGCAAAAAAUCCCGAUACGAUACCCUCCAGAAUAUUAUGUCAAACUUCCAACCUGUUUUUCGACAUUUUUUCUACGAGAAAUUUACAGACCCCGUAGAAUGGUUUACUCGUCGUUUGGCUUACACGAGAAGCUUGGCUUCAUCAUCAAUUGUGGGAUAUGUUCUUGGUCUAGGCGAUCGACACGUGCAGAAUAUUCUGAUUGACUUCAUAACCGCAGAACUGGUGCAUAUUGACUUGGGUAUUGCAUUUGAGCAAGGCAAACAGCUACCAACCCCAGAGACUAUUCCUUUUCGCUUGACACGUGACUUGGUCGAUGGAAUGGGCAUCGCAGGGGUCGAGGGUGUGUUUAGGCGUUGCUGUGAGAAAGUAAUGGGCCUAAUGCGAAGCUCACAAGAGGCCAUAUUAACGAUCGUAGAGGUUUUGUUGUACGACCCCCUGUAUGCAUGGACACUGAGCCCACUGAAGGCUGUUCAGAUCCAACAAAAGACUACGGAGGACGCGGGUGAAACUUUGCAGAAUAUAUCAACCCUUGGCGACGACAAUCUAGACACACUUCUUGGAGAACUGCAGUCCAUGCAACCACAACAAGAUCAGUCAAAAAACAAAAUGGCGCAACGAGUUCUGAUACGUUUAAGGCAGAAACUCGAUGGCAACGAGGGGGGCUGCUUCCUGAGUACCGAAGGACAAGUAAACUUUCUUAUUCAAUCCGCGAGGGAUACAAAAAAUUUAUGUCGUUUAUUUCCUGGUUGGCAACCCUGGCUUUAGAAGCAGGAAAUUUGAUCUCGUUGUUUAUAGAGACCCAAUUAAGUCAAAGUUAUUUAUGCUCUGUUUUCCUAUAAUUUCCUGGUUUAAAAGUUGAUUUUCUGAUACACAAUUUCUACGCCCUAAUCCGCUAGGACGUGUUGACUUAAAUCGUUUUUCUAAACUCAAAGCGACUUGUCAUCAAGACAGGUCAUCAAGGCAUAGACAACUUUGACUUCAGUUUUAGUCAAUGUUCAACUAAUCUGGCAGCUUACAUUAAUCCCGAUUUUAUUUCGUUAUUUCAAUACGUCUGCAUUCCUGGUGUUCUCGGUCAGUGACGUCACGUACGACGUUGCUUAUAACUGUAUUUUCGUUGACAUUUAAAGUUUCUCUGGCACGCCAUUCCCUGCUUGAAUUUCCUUUAAUUUCUAAUGAAAUUUCUUUUCGUGGGCUUUCAAUUUGUUUAUUUGAUGAUUAAGUUUGUUUUCCUGAUCACACCACUUUAAUUUUUGGGUAAUUAGGUUUUUUGAUAAUUCUUCAGAUUCCUGUGGUAAGUUCGAAAAGUAAGAUUGUAAAAUCUGUGGUUUAUGCUGCAAUACAAAGAGCUGUCGGGCCGAGAUUAGGAACAAACAGGUCAGCCACAUCCAACACUGCUAGGUAAUGGAAAAAGAAUGUUAUGCCUUUCAUUGCUGUAUUAAGACAGCAAUACUCAAACGUAUCUUGGAUUUUUUCAUUUGCCCCGAGCAACAAUAUGUUCCAAUUAAAUAAGGCAGGCUUGUUUCCGAAAUGGUUUACUGGAUCUAUUAGUGUUGACCGAAAAUCAACAAAUUUGCAUUGCUGAAAACCGAUUUAUCUUUGCUUUAUCAAGUAAAAAAUCCCCGAUAAUAAUUAAAUUUGUGUUCAUGGAAACUAACUUCUAUUUGCUACAACCUUAGCCCCUGAAACGAUAAAUAUUUUCGCAUACUAAUUCGAGCGAUUGUUGCUCUUUUUUUUAAUAACUAAAAUGUAAGGAUCUGAAUCCAGCUAUCUUGCCUGCUCAAUAGAAAAUCAAGUGAGUGACCCCCCAAAGUAACCUCAUUUUGUGAAAUAUAAAACAAAAUAGGAAUUUUACGGGAACGGCGUGCAUGAAUUACAUACAGUGUAGUUUUGAGAGUUGUAGAUCACCUUGACCCCUGAAAUGUUGUUGAUCAUUUGGCUUUGAUUAAUUGUUUCAUGAAAGCUAUCUUAAUUGUGGCAAUGUUAUGUUCAAUGUACAUAUUGCAAAAGUAAACGUUUUUUCUUGUUGCUCUAUGGUGUUUACAACAUCAAGUGAUUUUUAACUGUUGUUUUUGUUGGAUGUAUCGUCAUUGUAAUAAUUCUAGCCGUCUCAUUUGUUCCCUCUUGUUUUUCGUUGUUGUAAAUAACUGCAUGUUGCGCUAGGGCUGUUGCCCGUGUUUAUUUUCAGUGUGCAAAAAUCAGUGUCACUGAAGUAAACAGUUUUUUCAAGUGGUGAAGUAGAUUUCUUGUUUAC